AUGGCAGCGACGAUGGAGUAUGCUGCAGCCCAGGGACUGGUUGACGAGGAGGUGCUCGCCCCGACCAGCUCGGUUUGCUCGCUCGCAUCGGCGGGCUCGCGGCUGUCCGUGUCGAGCGUGAAGCGCCACGAGAGCAGGGGCAAGGAGAGGCGCCUGUCGUGGGAGGGGAAGGUCGGCGGCAAGGACGUCAAGGUGAGGACGAAGACCUUCAAGAUGCUGGACGACCCGACUGAUGAGGAGCUUAUCGUGCAGUUGAGACUGCUGCAUCGGUGGUUCCCUCUGAUGGUGGAUCUAGACGACGGCUUCGACAUCGAUCUCAACAGCCUCGAGGGCGAGGUGGAGUUCGAUACGAUUGAGAAAGUCUUGCGCCCUCGUUAG